AUGGAAUCUAAAUCAUCGGCCGAGCGAAUGUGCUGUAAAUCGUUCAAAGUGUCUGAAAGUAUAGUGGUGUUCUAUAUCGUAAACUUUGUGCUUGUAACGACCGUGACAUUGCCAACAUUAUUUUACAUUUUCCAGCCGGAUCAUCCUCCACACAUAAAACUCAAUGGGUAAGUAAAUCAUCUUUAUUUUUCAGUUUUCACCAAACCAAUCGAUGGAACAGGAGCAGGCAAAACCUGCUUCUUUUAAUGAUUCGUCGAUUUUAUUUCUUCCCACCUUGUUGAGCCUAAAAAAAAACUACAAACUCUCAAAUAAAAAAUAUGACUUUAAUGGAUGUUCUGAUAAUGGCCGAUAACUACGACCGUAAACUCUCCUCAAAGGAGUUUGAUGUUCUCUAUCAGUAGUUCCUUGCCUGGAAAGAACUACUAUUUACCGGAGAGGGUUUUCUUGUGAUUUGUUUAUAGCACGCUUAUAACACCUCCUUGGCAAAGUAUGAUAUAGAAACGUAAAUGUUUUCUUUUGGGCAUGAAAAUGAAUGAUCCCCUUGAAAACUCAUAUUUGCGAAGGACUAAGGUGGAACUGUUAAUGCUUAGGAAACAACCUUAGUGGCCUAUACUAGGAUUUCUACUCUUUCUCUUAGAUUUAAUCAAACCUAACCGUUGUUUCUUGUGUGAAAACUGACAACAUGAGCGAGAAAUGUGGCGAAAAUGUUCUCAUUUGGGUGAUAACUGACGUAAUUAUUUAAUCGUUUUUGGGGAAAAAAUUCCAGUUUAAAUUUUCAGUUUUUGAAAGCUUCCUCUUCAAAGGAUAAACACCAUAAGCUAAUUGAUUUUUGACAGUUUACGGUGGGAAGAUUUCAAGUAUCAGUCAGGAGGAAAUUCUGAAGGAGUUUUCUUUGUCUGACUCAUUCCCAAACCGGACAAAUGUAGGAGGCGCAAAUAAAUAGCAUGAGAAGAUUUCUAUUGCCUUUUGAAGAUUUUAAGAAAAUGUAAGAUCUUAUCACUAACAUGCGGAAUAGGCUAAAAGAAUCGGUUAAAUGCUCUUUAGUAGUGUGGAAAACAAAACAAAAAUAUCCCCUGAUUAAACUUACAUCUUAGUGAAAUUACUAAAAAUUUAUACAGGAAUGAAAAAUCUUAGCGAUGGUAAUGGUCGAACUAAAGAAGUUUUAAACGUUUGAACCACGUUUUAAUCUUUGAAGUUGUGACGAAAUUUGUGACUGAGCUUUUGUUCCCGAUCCUUCACAAAUAAUGUUACUCUCAGUAUGUGGUGUUACUUUGUGAGCGAACGUGACUUUGGCAAACAUUGCUUUACCUAUGAUGCACAGUUUGACACAGAUAACAUCAUGAUCUCGUUAAUCAAAAGCGUCACCAAACGCCUCUUGUCUUCUAGGUUUUAUUCUAGAUGCAUCUAGAAAGUCACAAAGGUCAAAAAUGUUAUCACAUACCACGUUUUUGUUUUAUAAAGCUACAGAAUUUUACAACAAUGAAAUAACUUUAUCCGGAGUUUUUAACGAAAAUGGAAGAGAUAUCCUUCUUGUUAAUGCAUGACAUGAUUACGGUGUGAGACUAUCUUCAAGCCAAGGAACGCCCCCGAAAUGUCAAAAAGGAGGGGACGUCUUUUAUAAGCCAGUUAGCGUGAUCUUUAUCGCACUAGUUGUGUUGGUGUUCUGUGAAGUAUGUGUAUUUCUCUACAAAAUCGACUUCAGCUCCACGUAACGUUCAUGACAAAAACCACCCAGGAAACACCAUUAUUUUCUUUGCCCAAAACAACAUGGUGCAUAUAAAUUUUUUAACUCAGCAUGCAAUGCGACUUAAUUUUAAAAUGCGACAACACUAAUAUGUAAAGCAAACUUUAAUACGAGGAUUAAUUUCUAUAAUCUUUCGUGUGGAAUUUUAAUUUUCGUGUCCAUAGCCCAUAGUUUAGCGGCAAGGCAAACAGAACCGCCCUGCAAAGUAAAGAUUUUUCCUUUUUUCGACAAAUGUUUACAUUGGCAACGAUUAUUUACAUUGGACAGGAUAUUUACAGAAGGAUGCAUUUAUGACCAAGCGAAAAUAUGUUGGCAGAGCUUCCCGGAAGGACAGAAAAAAAAGGGUGUUUUUAUUAAAAGUCUUAGAUCAAGUCUAUUUACGGUAUACUUGUGAAGCGGUCUCCUUUCAGAGAGAAACCGCCCACGUUGGUAACACACCAAAGACUCGUAUUUUUAGAGGAAUCUGAAGGUUUUCCUUUGACACUCAGCCCCAAAAUUAGCUCCAAAUGAGUGCGACUUCCCAGCUGAUGGAAAUUGAGAAAUAAAUGGUUUCUAUCCAUCUUUCUUGCCUCGUUCUUUGACUCUCUGUUUGUUACCAUUUGUUAAAUCAAUCUUUCGUUUGGUUACUAUGGAUUGAUUUUGAAUGUGUUUUUUUUUUUAUCGUUCCACAGAACUUUCUCUCAAAAAAUUGGAUAUACAUUGAAUUCUUCUGAUUAUUUUUCACAGAGGACAAGAAACGUUACAAUAAACAAAGGUAAAUAGAAGUUUUUAAAGAAGGGUUUUAAACCUCUUAGUACAUGAAUUCAGUUUAACGGCUGUUUCCUUUUAUCGCAUAAACAGAUUUCCCGCUCCAGUGCAACUCGCCGCUCCUCCCUGAUAAAGAAACCGGUCUCUGCCGACCGCCGUGCGCCUGGACCACACAAUCUCCUCUGACGCAGAAGGUUUACUUUGUGGUGAUAGUGGUUGGCCUGUGGUUGGCACUCAUUGCGACAAUUAUCACGUUUAUCACUUGGGCCAGUAUAAAAAACCUGUGAGUGUCUGUUAAAGCAAGUUCUUUUGAUUUUCGAAAAUAUACUGCGAUCGCACCGGCUUUGCUUCACACUGCUUUUUGAUUGGUUCAGAAAACUGGCGCCAAAGUCAAAACCAAUAGUAACUUGAUUACUCGCAUCUUCCCGCGCUUGAAAACGUGCGGUACGCGUGUAUUUACACUAUCUUAUUUUUGUCUUCUUGUGAUAUUAAGGUUGAUUGGUCGUUGAUUACUCUAAUUAGAAUGAUUACUAGUGUUUGGUCUCUGGGUUUGCUGAUUCGGUUUAAUUCUUUUUUCCCUUUGCUUUCAAUAGCCGAAAGUUUCCUCAUGUUCUGCGAUUUCAUAUCAUGGUCUGUUGUGUUAUCCUGGGUAAGUAAUGCUCAACGUCUGGUAAGAGCUGAUAAUUUGCAUUUUAGACUUUUUUCUAUUUCUUUUUAGCAAGUAUUUAAACAAGAGGGUCUAGUGCAGAGCUGGAGAUAUCUCUUAAGUACUUUGUAAAAAAUCAAAACAUAUCCUCGCCUCAUUAUUUUCAGUAAGCCACAUAAAUUGGAAAAAUUGAAACGCUGAGUUUUCCUAACUGUUUCUUUUUUCAAUAAUGUGCAGGAAACAGCAAAAUGCUUCCCAUGCACAUGAAGCCAGAAAAGACAUUCUGCCGAGGUCAGCUUUUUUGGGAGUCCACUGGUCACUCAUCGUUAGCCACCGUAAUUCAAGGUAAAGAGAGCAAUUUAAUGCCAUGCGCCAUCGAUAAAGCUACUAUUACCACAAAAGAAAUGUUUUGCCUGAGCUUGUGGGGACAGAAAAUGAAAUGCAGACGAACCUCAACUUCAGAGUGCUUUUUCGUUCACCUCUUGAGGAAAUGUGGGAUGAUGGUCGAAAGUCUUGUCAUGUAAAGACAGUGGGGAAAAUCUUUCUCAGUCUUAAACAAAUCUUGGUUUGUCACUACACAGUACCAUGGUAAAAAGAAAGGCCGAUAUUUUAAAGAAACACAAGCUCUCCUCUCAAUUUUCAUCACAGCUCUUUCCACCACUUUCCGUCCUCGUUCUUCAAGCAAAUCUUUGGGAGGGGGUGACGAGGUGGUUGGAGAUUUUCAGGUUUAUUGUUGGGUCUCCUGAUGCCUUGAACUUGAUAGCUGUGACCUUAGGUAUCCUUCUCUAAUCCUUUAGUCAAAACAGUCUGUUCUUUGUUAAACAGGUGCAAUGUCUCACUAUUUUGGCCUGGCACAUUCAUUCUGGGCCAUGUGUUUCAUAGCAAACACUUAUGCUGUAAUCGUUCGCGAUAAUCGAGCCGUCUUCAAACAUCCAAUCAAAAUUCACUUCAUACAGUCGGUAUUUUGCUGGCUUGUGCCUGCAGUAAUUGUGACCUGCUGCCUCUAUAUUUCUCCACCUGGGUACAAGUUCCUCUUUAUAGAUCUAAUGACUGCAGGUGCCGCAAGUGCACGAAUGGCGUACUUUGCUGUCACAUUACCAAUGCAAGUAACGCUCGGAGUGUCACUAUGCCUACUGUGGAGUAUUGUGUGGCAUCUUAGAAAGGUACGUACAGUGAGAAUUUUUUAUUGGUGAAACGGCUGACCUAAAUUAGAAUGCACGCUCUUGUUGUAUGAUAUGAGGAAAAGUAUUGCGCCAAUAAGAGUGUAUCUCGGCAUAAAGCUUUCACCUAUCCCCUUUACGAGUGAAAAUGGUAUGUCCCCUUUGGGGUAAAACCCUGCUCUCUUAAAAAGUGGCAGCAAACAAAUGUUCAUAUCUUUUUUGUUCACGCAGGCUCGCUUGGAUUCUAGAAAGCGCGUUAUCCGCGCCAGAGAAGAAAGAAUUUCCAUGCGGCGAGUUGAGCGCCAGUUCCUGAGCAUGGCAGUAGUAAUUACGGUGGUUGUGGGUGUGGUUAUGUCGGUGAACACCGUGACGCUCUAUCGCGUGAGGGGUUUUGUGCAUGAUGCUGAAGUUUACUUCGAUUGUUUACUGGUAAGGCUACUCUAAACGAUCAGCAUACAGUUGAGCUACUUUUACGUGAAACCUGAAUAAUUUUGUUGUCAAGUUAAAGGAGGUUAGUUUUGGGAGAAUGGUGGCUAAAUCGUUUGUUGCAUUUCAUUCCUAACGUACCAGUCGGAGUUCAAUUUUAGCCCCUAUGGGAGUCAGUGUAUUGCGUAUUUGGCCACUUGACCCCUCCUUCCCCUUGACCCACUGAUCAGUCCAGGCACCCCUAAGAAAUGCUUUGAGGGUAAGUUAUAAUGAACUAACAUCUCAUUUAGCGGGAUAAAGGGAGGGGGGGAAUGAGGAAGCGGUCGUCGCUUUCCCAUUGGCUAAAUCCUCAUUUUACGAAAACCGUGAUAACUCAAGCAGUCGUGGUCUUCGACAAACUGAUCUGUUUCCAGUUGUUCAUAAUUCUUAGUGCGAUAACGGCUUUUUAUCCUUAUUUUUAGGUCUCUAAGAACUGCAAGCCCCCAUCCUGUAACACGGUGCUACCUCUGAUAAACGUAAUAGCCCCUGCCUUCGCUUGUCUUGCAUUCUUCUUCCUUCUCCUGAUGAAUAAAGAUUGUCGCAACAUUUGGAGGGGCUGCUUCCGUAGAUUUACAAAGCUUUUUGAGUUUUGUAAACCACCUCCACUAAAAAUUCGCGCAGAUACAGACCGCUCAAGAUGUUCCUCAACACUCACUGUGCUUUCCACUGAUCGCAGGGAUUCGGAGUUGUUCUUUCGACAAUCGUUCGUGUUACCGGGAUAUGUCUCAGGAUUGGACCUUCAACAGAACCGGCAAAGAGCGUCUACUUUAACUUUCCCUGUCAAGAAACAAGAACUAACUGUCACAGAUUUAGAUAUCGAAAUAAAAGUUACUCCUCCAUCAGACGCAGACGUAGAAUUGCGAGCCAGGCGCAAUUCUGUUCCUGUAUUUUUGCUGCAAGAUUUAGAUUCACACAGACGCUAUAAUAAAACUACGAUCCAUUCAUCCACUGAGUCACUUUCUAGUGACCACAGUGGGGUAUCGGUCACUAAUAGCGAAACACCGUUGGGAACUGGGGAGAGUUUCAUCCAGGAAAUAUAUUCUUCGAAAUUAUAGCUUAAACUCGUUUAAAGGAAUGGUGUUAAGACGAGAGGUGUACUACAGUUGGUGAUAAAGUGAUGAGACAGAACUCAAUAUACGUGGUUUUUAGUUUGUUUCGUUAUAUCUCCUUGGGAGAGAGAAGGGGACUACCUGCUUGUUGCUAAAAUAUUUCCCACGGUUGUAUGGGCAAAGUUGUGAGGCUUUGAAAGGAGACAAAAAAGAGAUUAAGCUAGAGUCGUUAUUGGUGAAAUGGCAAGAUUUUAAUUUUCCUUGGAGCGUUUCAACGUCACGUUUCAACUGCCUCUGUCGCCAACUGUAGUAGAUCUCGAACAAAAAGAUAAAGAAAUCGUUCUUUUUCCUUCCCCAGAAAUCGAUUUCGUAUUGUAAUGUAAAUAAAAUAUGUAUAUAUGGCAUUUUUGAACAAAUUGAUGUACAUAAGUAAUUGUAUAUUUUAUAAAUUUUUUUGAAAUGUACUAUGCUAAUCGCAAACCUUUUUUCACGUUUUAAAAAUUCUCUUUACUAAAUAUUUAGGUCAUCCUUUGGAGAAAAUUUUACGCGUGAACCCAAGUUAGCGCUCAAGUCAUGUCAAGCCAGUGACCCGUGUUAAAAAAGAAAAAGAAAAACAACAAUCAUUUGUUCCUUUAACGCUCAUAUCGCUACUUUUAUGAAGAAUAUUUCAAACUUCUGAUGAGGCGUGAAACAGUGCUAGUGAUUUAAAACUUAUGAUGGUCAAAUGAACUAAAACGUAAAUCUAGUGCAUUUCAAUAAAGAUGGAUGUAAGUAAUAAUUAUUGACGUUUUGAACGGCAGAAAAUGAAAUAAAUUUGCUUUGUGCUACUGCGAUUUGCCCAUAUUUCAAUCUAGAUAAUGAAUAUUUGUCAGAGAGACCUUUGACAUUUUUAGUAGCUAUCUUUACAUUGAUAUCACUGACAUCAUUCGCGCGUUGUCCUCUUCGCGUUGCGAAGAUAAUUAGAUUAGAAAAUAAUUAGAUUAUUUAACGAGGAGAAAACGAAGAACAUUCCUCAAGUAUUGUAUCAAAAAAAGGUCAAAUCAAAAUCAAAAGGAAUCGUAUCUGGUGUCAGUCUUAGCGUUCUGAAUAGUCAAACCUGUUCAAAAUUUAACCGGAAAAUUGACCGGGAUCGAUAACAAAUCAAAUGAGCAGCCCAAAGUUGUAAAGCUUUCAAAUGAUUAAGUGUUUUUGUCUUCAAUCGAUGGUCAAGCUCAGAGACUAAUCAAACUAAUCGGGUGAAUGACGCACAAAGAGGAGGAUUCUAAAAAUAAAUGACAGAUGACAGCCUUACAUCUACAUGUAAUAGUUUACCGGAAGUUGACAAUACCACGUACACUCGCGAGUGGAACAGUUUCAAAGGUCCUUUGUGUGUUCCUUUCACUCUUUGCUUAAUGUUGACAGCUGUACAAUUUGGAAAAAUAAAGCUUACUCAUUAAACUUGGCGUUUCCUGAUUGACAUCGAAAGAAUUCUUCGGGAUUCAGUAAACUGUACGCUUUCCAUCACCCCAAGUCAUUAACGCGUAUCACCUCUGUGCAAAUACGUCACUUAAAUUGGUAUAAGUUUACAUCUCACGGUCAUAAUCGUGUCGUCAGUGUUGUCAUUUCGCGGAGCGUUUCCUACUUGACCCGUUACUAGAAACUCUCUGCUCUCUGUGUACUGAUCAUUUUCAAAACAGCUUUUAACAGCUGCACUAGUGAUAAUCCCCUCGUGAACAGAGCUUCAACUGAAAAGUCACGGUGUUGUGGAUCGAUGAUGUCUCGGUUCAAACUUCCUUAUUACGCUGGCCACUUAUUUCUUCUAAUUAUCGUAACAGCGCCGACAUUAUUUUAUGUUUUUCGCCCGGAUCAUCCGCCCCACUCCGAUUUAUAUGAGUAAGUAUCGAACUGAAUAUACGAACAGUAUCAAUGAUGUAGCUAAGGCUUUUUAUACAGAUAUUGAUGUAGAUAAAUUUCUCUUUUAAAUUGCUCCGAUUGGAAAGUACAGGACCGCAGUCAAAUUUUCAAGAUUAUCUUUAUCAACACCAAGGACCGCUAUAAAAACAUGCUAAGAAGGUUUAAUUCAUACAAGACUCAAGACACAUUGAUGGUAGAAAUUGAGGUGGAUAUGGCUUAAAGAGGUCUUGUUCAGGCACGAAUUGUUGCGGGCUGCGAGUGUCAAUCGCUACAUGCUUAUGCAUACGUGAUCAUUGUGUUGAAGAUCAAACUUUUUGUCAUAAGUUGAGCUGUUCGUAAAUACGGACGUAUUAUAUUAUAUUGCUCUUUCGCAUGUUUCAAAGUUUUCUGGCUCACAGUGAUCGACAGUCUCGGGAAGAUCAGAGAAAUAAAAUGUCGUCUGUUGAGUUUAGACACUGUACUCACGCGCAUAUCCACUUUGAGGUGUUGUCUUUCCCGUGAUGUUUAAAAUCAGAAUUUGUGAGAUAUCCUCGCCUGAAACAAUUUAAGUAACUUUAAUCGAUUUUUAAUAGAGUAGAUGCAACUUUUCCUGAUGAUUGCCACUUAAGUCCGCCAAUUAAUCAAGAAAACCGAUCAGUGACAGACUAAGCAAGGCUACUUUCUCUUUCUCUUUCUUGUGUUUCGAACCGGGCGUCCAUUUCAUCGAACGAGGAUUUAACGCUGGUCAUAACAAAGAAAAUGCGAAACUGAAAUAAAUCGGACGCUUUUUCGCUGAAUCAUUAUACGUUUGGCUUCGUGUACUGGAUGAAUGUUUGAGAUGUAAAUAACAUUGACCAGGCUAAUUGAGAUAUUUUUGGCAAAUCUAUAGGAACGUUUUAAAAAGUAACAAGACGUGAUGUUUACGAUACGUGAUGUUUAUGAAUAGAUUGGCUGACUUAAAGUGAUUUACAGGCAUACUUUUAUUUUGAAGUACGAUUCUCUUAAUCAGAAGAGGCAUCUGUGCUAGAGCAAUUUUGUAAUAUUAUUAUACAAAUGCCACAUCAUCACAUCACGUAAGAACUUAUUGUCAGGAGUAAUUUUUGUACAUUUAUUUAUCCAUUUAUUUCAUGCUCGUGCCUGUUAUCCCGAAGAUUGGGACGAAUUUCUCCGAGUUAUUAUUCAUGACUUUUUUUGUUUUACUACAAGUGGAUUUACUUGAGUUUUGAUUGUUCACUUCCAGCUGUCAGUUCUAAAGCAAUACUAAAGCAUUUACAGAGUUAAAAUCGACUUGAACACCAUCUGUUAGGUGAUCGUUGACGCUUCAUCGAUGAGUAAGCUUCAUGAAAUAAUUGUGAUGACAAAAAUUUUACCACAGCAGCGAUUUAACGUGCAAAACAAACCCAAAUUUGUUCUCUAAUGACUCACAGGUAGACUUCAAAUAAUGCCUCCGGCAACAUACAAUGGUGUUCUGUUGAUCGAGGUCAAAGUUACUUUUAAUAGUACUUGAUUGUUUCACCUCUUGUGGAGAAGUGAUCUAGUCAGUUUAAUUUGCCCCAUCCCCCAUUCAAGGUGGUUCCUAAUUACAAACAAUUUUGAUGCUCCUCCAAUGUUUCCUAUUUAUGCCCUGCUUUGAUUGGCAUUAUUCCCUCUUGAGUUUUUCAAUAGUGUUUUACUGUUGUCAAGCGAUUUGACAUAAAAAACCAUAGUAAUUUCCGUAAAAGCUGAUCACCGCUAUAGCCGCAUUCGUCACGUGACCUGUAGUGGAAUAACAGAACUGAGUUUGUACAUUACCCUCUGAGAUUCGGUAAUGAGGUCUAAGUCUCUUUCUGUAAUUUUUUUAAUAGAUCUAAUUUCACAAGGACAAAUCAAACAUCUAGCAACAAAGGUAAAUUGAAACUUUCUUGUCUUUUUACUAAUCUAACAACUGUGAAAACGUUCGACUGAAAUCACAGCAAUCAAUGCAAAAUACAAUAUUAUUUCUAUUAUUAGAUGCUGGUACUUCUGUUUUGUUCCGUCAAGAAAAUCAAAGAGAAAAGGAGAACACGUCUUGUUCAAUUUCACCGUAAGUGUAGAUCAAGGUUUUUAUGAGUCAUUGUUAAAGCUCUUUAUUUCUCUUUUCCGUAACAGAUAUUCCGCUUGAGUGCAACUCUCCCCUAAUCCCCGAUAACGAUACCGGCCAAUGUCGACCGCCGUGCGCCUGGACUUCACAGUCUUCUUUAACCCAGAAGGUGUACUAUGGCAUUGUUGUGAUUGGUCUGUGGUUGGUGGUUAUUGCAACAAUCAUCACACUCAUCACCUGGGCCAGCAUAGAAAGCCUGUAAGUUUCGCUAAAUAUAUUAAUCUGGAGCAAGUAUUUUGCAACUAAUUAGUGUUCUCCAGAAACCCAAAGGUUACCAGAAAUAUUGCGAAAUCUGCGGAAGGAUUGUUAAUUAUUUUUUGAAAUCUCAACUUGAGUUCACGUUAUGUUUCUAAUCCGAACUAACUUUGUGAUACAUUCUUUUCCUUUUUCAGCCGCAAGUUUCCUCACGUGUUACGUUUUCAUAUCAUUAUAUGCUGCAUUUUUCUUGGUAAGAAGUCGUGAUGCUUGGGGAGAUGUUCUCCUUACAAAUUGUAGAGGAUGUGGAUAUAUUUUGCGUCGGGUUUUGAACCAUGUUGAAGAGAUCGUUGUGGAUGAAUACAAUGAGUUUGUGAUUAACAUUCUUGACAAUCACAAGGCCUUCCGGAAUAGGUUUAGCAGGCAACAGUUGACGUGUUGGACUAAUAAAAUUAUGUAAAAAAAGGAAUCAUGGCACUCUAACCUUUUAAUUUCAUAGCUUGAUGUUACUACAAGGCGAUACCCCUGCAGUGUGAGUCCAUGAUAGGCUACUCUCCCUCCCCCCCUUAGCCCCCCACCACGUUACUGCUGGAUGGAGAGAGGCAUUGUCGAAGUCAACUAGUGUAAAUCUUUCAAGUUUCGACAGACUGACGAAGCGCUGUAACAUGUGAAGGAUUGAUUAUGUUUAACACUUUGUCUUAACCGCCUUUCUCUUUUACUUAGCUUGCUUCAAAAUGAUUCCUGUGCGGAUAGGACUUGAGAAAGUUUUCUGUGGCGAACAGGCCUUUUGGAAGGCAGGAGGUCAUUCCUCGCUCUAUGCAGUAAUUCUAGGUAUGAUCUAGACACUCACUCUAUCCUAGUUGUUCAGUUUUUCAUAGAUUUUUUCCCAGGUAUUUGUUUGUAGAACAAACUAAUCUACAUGUGCAUGAACACAUUUUGAGAUUUUUAACUUAUUGAUAAUAGUAAACCCUCACGUAGGCAUUGAGCUUUUUAUUUCGGUAGCCAUCAUGACUUCUUUUCAACGAACCUCAAAACAUUUCGCGUCCAAUCCACUUGAGGCGAUCCUAAAAUAUUCCAUUAAGGUAGGAGUCGCGAGCACUCCGUUCACGUGGCAGAAAUCCUUAAAAUUACAAAAAGUUGAGUCAAAGAAGAAUGUGUUCUUUUUUACUGGUCUAAAUCAUCGAGGAUAAACUGUGAAUGAUUCACUGGCUUAUUUUUAGUGGGGCUUCACCUACUUCUUCCUCGAGUUCGCAUUCUUGUACGCUAACGACUUCAUCUCUUUGUGAAUGACAGGUGCGGGGUCUCAUUAUUUUAUUCUGGCACACUCGUUCUGGGCCAUGUGCUUUAUAGCGAAUACUUACGCCGUGAUCAUUCACGACAACCGAGCUGUCUUCAAACAUCCAAUCAAAAUUCAUCUGAUGCAGUCGGUGCUGAGCUGGCUGGUGCCUGCAUUCAUUGUGGCCGGAUGUCUUUACUUUGCUCCACCCGGCUACACGUUUCUCUUUAUGGAUCAUAUGUCUGCAGGUGCGCAGAGCAUUCAAAUGGCUUACUUCACCUUUACGCUACCCAUGCAAGUCACGAUAUAUGUGUCACUUCACCUACUCUGGUCCAUUGUGUGGCAUCUUAGAAAGGUAAAAAUUUUGCUAAUAUACUCAAAUUAUAAUUUUACCGCUAUUUUCCUACUAUCUUGUAUUUUUAUGAACUUUUCUCCUGAAAAAUUCCCCUGCUUCUUGUCUGCAUUUUCUCCUAAAUUGAUAUCAGCUGUUUACAUGACCGAAUUUCUCGUGUUCAUAUUCAAGUUUACGGCUCCCUUCAACUCUGUGUCAGAAUCAAUUUUUGCGCAAGCUAAUAAGUUUCCUCUGAAUAAGGUUCUCAGUGCAAUGGACGUGUCUAUAAAUAGGGAUGGGUGGAAUUUUUCCCAUAGGCACCCCAUGACCCUCGUUGAGUUUGUGUUCGCGUCCUCAUGGCACCCCUCGCGAAUGAGUGCAGUUAACAGCGAAAGGCACUAUUAGCCCGAGAUAACUCACUUUUGAUGUAAGAUUGCAUGUAUUAAAGACGGUUACCAAUUUUUUUUAAAAAAAUUGAAACAGUUUAUUGAUGUUGUUGUUUUUUAAUUCAUAAGGCACGCCUGGACGCGACCAAACGUGUUAUUCGCGCUAGAGAAGAGAAAGUUUCCAUGCGCCGAAUCGAACGUCAGUUUCUGAGCAUGGCUGUUGUAAUUCUGGUCGUAGCGGCAACUGCUACGUCGAUCAAUACUAUGACCUUCUACCGUACGGACAAAUUUGUGCAUGGUGCUGAGAUGUACUUUUAUUGUCUGCAGGUAAAUAAGCUGAGAGACAUUCUUCCAUUGAUGGUGCCAUUGUGAUUCAUGUUUCACUUUACAUUUCCUAAUUUAACACCGAACCCCCGAACCCCCUCAUCCCCUCACAGUUUUUCCUGUAUCUUUCCUCGAAUAAUACUGUCGCAUAGGCUGAGACUUUUUACGGCAAAAAGAGCACUCUUUGCUCCCCAUAUACGAUACGCAAGGGUGACCCUAAUUAUAUUUUUGGCUUUCACUUUACUGAUACUUCCACGUGAUUUUUUCUCGUUGUUUUAGACUUCAAGUAAUUGCACUUCUCCCAGUUACUUUACGGUGCUUCCACUGAUCAAUUUAGUCGCCCCAGGCUUCCUCUGCCUGGCGUUCUUCUUCCUGUUACUGAUGAACAAAGAUUGCCGCCAGAUAUGGACGGGUUAUUUCGCUAAAUGCAAAAAGUGUUUCCAGCUAUGUGGAGAACCUUUGAGAAAACCUCGUGCCGACACAGAACUCAGUAAAGACUCAAGAUGUUCCUCAGUUCUCACUGUGUUGAGUCCAGAUCGCAGAGGAUCGGAGUUGUACGGCAGCCAAACAUUAGUUGAUCCUAAGAACAGAAUACUUCCAUCUUAUCCCUUGCCGCGAAGCGUUACCAGAUUAAAAACAGAAAGCGUAAUACUGGUAGGGAUAAAACCUAGAGCAUCCACGCUAAGUUUGCCAGUGAUGAUGAGUCCAAGAGUGACUAUUUCAAAUUCAACUUUCCAGGUCCCUCUAUCUCCAAAUGAGUUGGACCCACGAUCAAGAAGCAGUUCACUACCUGUAAUUCUUCAACAAAAAUCAGAAACAGCUAGCACCGAGAAUAAACAAGGACGCGUAACCUCGCAUAUUCUCAGUACACUGUCACGAGAUUUGGAAGUUUCGAGAAGUAUGAACAGCGAGGAUUCUGAUGCAAAUAGCGAAACUGACAAAUUCAUCCCGAAAAGUGAAGAAACUUCUUCCCCGUCAUAACAAAUAAAACGAGAAGCUUAAAAUAACAAUCGUAGACGCUGAGGCUUCAAAAAAGAGAAAGGCCUUUUAACUAUUUAAAUUUCAGUAGUUUUAUGGGUGUACAUUACUGAAAACAAAAAUUUUAAAGUUAAUCAUUGUUAUAUAUUUUCCGUUCACUUUAUUUUUGAGCAAAGCAAUUGAAAGUGGAUGCAAUUUAAUUUUCAACAGUAUUUCCUAUCGUUGAUAAAUUGAGUGUAGUUUGAGUGAAAUAUCGCGGCCUAACUUGUGUAUAGGAGAAGCUUUGAUAAUGAAAAAGACGUCGCAUCGACGGUGAAGACAAUAAUGAUAAUGACCAAUAGCCAGUUCUAAACGUUCAGUUCGUAACACAAAGCGCGAUAAAUGGGACGAUAGAGACAGAGGAGUGAAAAAUCGAGCGAGGCUUGGGUCAGGUACGCCACCCGACCCAAACUUCCUUCGUUUUUUGCUCUGGGAUUACGUACCGUUAUACUCACGAAGCCUGGAAUAGGCUAGAUUAUGACAUGCUGUAGUCGUGAUUGUGAUGACGGCAACAAUGUAACGAUGACGAACUCAAAGACGAUGACGAUAAUGGUAAUGAUGGCGAGAUGAUGCAGA